AGUGUGGCCUUCUCCAUGGCAUAACAGCUGCCUGUUGCCAGUUAAAACGCUUCGCUAAACAAAUAUAACGUCGAUUAGUCUAGGGUUUUAAUGUUAGUUUUGCGUUUGGCUUUAAAGGUUUAACUCUUUACUUCGUCCGCUGAGGACAUGCAACUUUUAUUAUCACAGCACUACAACUGGUACGAACUGUCAUCUGAAAGCUUCAACUGAGAGUAAAAGUCUGUUGGAUAUCAGGGCAGCUGAGAUGGCUAAUCGGCAUAAGAAAAACAGGAAAGGCGGUGUACCAGAACGGUGGCUGGACUACUGUCCUGUAGGACAAAGGAUACCAGGGACUAGAUUCAUUGCCUUUAAAGUGCCUUUAAAACCUUGUCUUAACCUUCUGGUUCCCGAGUCAUGCGCUUUUGGUCUGUGGGACCUCCUGGAUGCUGUAAAAAGUCAGAAACAUGAGCUCGGUCUGAUCAUUGACCUAACCUUCACCACCAGGUACUACAAACUUACAGAUGUCCCACAGUCCUGCUCUUACAUAAAGAUCUUCAUAGAGGGCCACAAAGUUCCUAGUGAUAUUGCCAUCCUGAGCUUUAAACAGGCAGUAAGGGGCUUCCUGAAGGAGAACCAAGACAAUGACAAGCUAAUCGGAGUCCACUGUACCCAUGGCCUGAACCGCACAGGGUACCUAGUCUGUAGAUACCUAAUAGACGUGGAUGGAGUGGAUCCCCCAACAGCUCUGAAGCUCUUUAAUGACAACAGAGGUCAUUGCAUAGAGAGGAAGAACUACCUACAUGACCUGCUGAGAGCUGCCAAAAGGAGCAAUUACGGCAUUGAUGAGCCAGGAGAAGAGGUGAUCAGGGGACUUGCUGUAGUGAGACCGCUACUAAAGGCCAAAGACGAGGAGCAACAGUUGCAGAGCCCCACAGACAUACAGGAACAUCAACCAUCUGAUGAAGUCACAACAGAGAAUAAACAAGCUGAAGAGAAAUGCAGACGUAGAACUGGAAAUCGCCGGAGGGCAAACCAGAAGUCCUGUGAUAAACCUGCACAGCAUGGGCUCCACACCUCCACUCAACCUAACAUGAAAUAGUCAAUUAUCCCUGUUUAAGAAGGCAGAUCUAUGAAGUAUGAUUCAUUUAAAUUAAAUCUGACUAAGCUGA